AAAUAUGGUAUUACAAUGAAUUAAUUUUACCACUACUUUAUCGAACGUCAAAUUUAGAAAAACUUGAUUUGAAUAUUUCGGUCAAUGUCGAAGAAACAUUUAUUGAUGGAAACAGCUUGAAAGAAAAUAUACUUAAUCAUAUGUUACAAUUAAAUGAAUUUACAUUUGACAUUUAUUCUUCUAUGUCUAUUAAGAAUCAAAUGAAUUUACCAUCGAAAGAAGACAUUCAACAAACAUUUAAUCAUUUUCAAAAUACUAAAAUAAUAUCUUGUGUUGAUUAUUUUCUGGAGCCUUAUAAAUAUGGUCGAUGUCAUAUUUAUACAUAUCCAUCUUUAACGAACUAUUACGAAUAUAUAUCAAACAAUUUUCCAGGUGAUUCAUAUCCAUAUGUUCGUGUUGUAUCAUUAUAUGAUGAACAGCCUUUUGAACAUGGUUUUUUUAUUCGAAUUGCUCAAUCAUUUCCAUUGAUGGAAAAAUUAUCUAUCUUUAAUCGUUAUGAACAAAAUCAGAAAGAUUCUUAUAAAUUAAUGAAUGCUGAAUCGAAUUUAUUAAUUGUUAAAUAUAAUUAUCUUGUUGAACUUCAUAUAGAUCGAUCUCAUGAUUGUUAUAUUGAAGAAUUUCUGUGUGAUACGAAAACAUAUUUUCAAAAUAAUAUUACUCUUUGGAGUCAUUAUGAAGCAUUACAAAGAGUAACAUAUGAUUUUACAAGAGAUGAUACACGAAUUAAUUGUACCAAAAUAAGUGAAUUAGUUUUACUUGAUACAGACCAAUAUUCAAAAUCUUGUAAAGAUUAUUUUCCUUUUGCAAUAAUAGAAUGA